AUGGACCGUAUCCGAUCAGCCAUCAAAACCAAGAUACACGUUGAAAGCGAUCAGUUGAUGAUGUAUGGUACGCCUUCAGAAUCCGCUGGCUGUGUGCUCCGUGGCGUGCUUGAUGUUUGUGUGCAGGAACCAGCUAAGGUCAAAGCGAUUUCGCUGCGGUUUACUGGAAAGAUGACAAUUACUUGGACCGAACCCCAUCACCAACUGGAUCCCGGAUGCUACAGCUACGAGUUCGAACUACCACUACCAGGCAACUUGCCAGAGUCCACACACAUCACCUCGUUUUACCUUGUGCAGUAUCGGCUCAAGGCCACAGUUCAACGGACCAGACUUCUACCCAACAACACUGCGUCCCAGCUCAUCCACUUGUCGCGACAAAUGUUGCCUCUGACGCCUGAAUUUCUUGAGCCUGUCAUCGUAGCAAACCAAUGGACCAACAAACUUGACUAUGAGAUCAGCAUACCGUCCAAAACAUUCUGCCAUGGCGAUGACAUUCCCAUCAGUAUUCGAGUGACGCCACUGGUGAGUGAUUUGCGGAUCAGACACUUGUCAUGCACGUUUAAAGAGUACUUGAUAUGCCGCGCAACAAGUGGCUGGUUUGGAGGCCAUUCGCGGGCCCAAGGGCGUAUCAUUCGCUUUACGCGUGACGACUACUUUGGAUCAAGCAACAGCAGUACCGAUGACAGCUUUAUCGUAUGGUCCAAAGUUAUUACCGUGCCAGUGCCGCGGACAAAUCACCAGAUCCAGUGCGACGUCCAGAACGAUACCGUGCGAGUCCGUCACAAGCUUAAAUUUGUCGUGUCGAUAGAGAAUCCAGAUGGCCAUGUGUCUGAGCUGCGGGCAGCGUUGCCUGUCAUUAUUUGUCCAACCACAACCACAACAGGACUGCCUACUUAUGAAGAAGCAUGGCAGACGUUGCCUUAUGAUCCUGCUUUGAUGAACCAAAGCAUAAUCAGCAAAGUUUUACACUCGCAAGUGCUCUGA